GAAGCAACCAGUGUGGACGCGGAGGAUCCCCGCAGCGUGAAUCAUAGUUGUCAUCAGUUUGCUGUAACUGAGUGAAGGCCAACACGAGAGGAGAACCACAGAGACUCAGGUGUGAAAUUGUGUUUUACCGAUGCUGGGACGUUGCUGAGCGCUUUGAAAGUCUUCAGCGUGCCCCCGGUCCUCUCUCCGGCAGACCAAUGCUUCUGCAUCAGUUCAUGAACGGAGCUCUGGAAGUCAUGCAUCCCACACCGCUUCAGAAAGACACUACUUUUACCAAAAUCUUCGUCGGCGGGCUGCCAUACCACACGAACGACGCCUCGCUGCGAAAAUACUUCGAGGUCUUUGGGGACAUUGACGAGGCUGUGGUGAUAACGGACAGACAGACGGGGAAGUCCAGAGGAUACGGCUUUGUGACAAUGACAGACAGAGGAGCAGCAGAGAGAGCCUGCAAGGAUCCCAACCCCAUAAUCGAUGGCAGGAAGGCCAAUGUCAACCUGGCCUACCUGGGUGCCAAACCCCGCAGCAUACAGACAGGCAUAUCCAUCGGAGUUCAGCCCAUUCACCCGGCACUCAUCCAGAGGCAGUAUGGGAUGGCCCAGCCAUACAUCUACCCACAAGCCUUUGUGCAGCCCAGCCUGGUGCUGCCCACUCAGGUUUCCACCUCCGUCAGCACCAGCCCCUACCUGGACUACAGCGCAGCCUACUCCCAGUAUGCACAGGCAGCCUUUGAGCAGCAGUACCCGUAUGCCGCCUCUCCGGCUGGCUUCCUGGGCUACAGCUACGCCAACAGCCCCUCAGCCUCCGCCGGCCCGGCCGCCGCCGCCACAGCUCCAGCCACCGUCCACCCCACCCUCCCGUCCGCCACUGGCCCGGCCCCGGCCUUCCUGCACUAUGCACCGCAGCAGCACAUCCAGCCGGACCGUAUGCAGUGAGCCGGUGGAGAAGGAGAAGAACAGGUGGUGGAGGAGGAGGAAGAGGAGGGCGUAGUGGUUGGCGGACCUUUGAACAGAGGAUGGCAAAAACCUCCCUAUGGGGCGACCCAGCCAUCAUCAUCAGGGGCUUUCAGGAAAAAGGGUGGGACUAUUGCACUAUAAGAUCAGGAUGAGCUGCUUGCUCAUUGGUUAAAGGGUAAAAGGGGUGGGAGGGGUUGGAGGACUGUUGUGGUUCAGGUUGGGAAGCUAAACAGCAUAAAGUAUGUGGUUGCUUCCAAGGGCUUCCAGAAGCUGACACUUCAUUUUUUUAUUAUUAUUAUUAUUAUUGCUAUUAUUAUUUUUAUCGUCCUUUAUUAUUGUAUUAAUGUCAUUGUUAAUGUUUGUUUGUAUGCCAUCAUUAUCAAUGUUAUCAUGUCAUUGGCUCAAUCAGUGGAAGUAAUGUGUGUCCAUGGUACAUAUUGAUGACUGUUUGAGAGCUGUCUGGGACAUGUAACACCUCUUUCCUCCCCACCCACUCCAGACUAUCGGGGGUGGAUAUGAAGGGCACUGCUGCUUUAGGACACUGGGGGACAGCCACAGAUGUGGGGUGCAGGGUGAAGACAAGGUGGUGAUUUGUGGAGGCGUCCAGCCAGCCUCUCAGGCUAUCUGUGGCCCCAUCCGACCCAUCCAGGGAGAGCGCCGCCUCAUGAACAAACCUCCAGCGCUCAGCGUCUCACAGGAGGACGACGAGAUUUCACCUCAAGGACAAAACAGAAAGUUUCAGUAUAUGAGACAGUGGAGACUGUGAUGUCAGGACGAUACUUUUUUUAAAAUUUCUUUUUAAUUAAAGAGGCCUUAAUAAAAAAAAAAAGAAAAUCCUCUUUUUUUGAAUCUCCUGAUUUUUUUUUUUUAUAUGUAUGUGCUCCUCCUCAUCACCGAACCCUUUCUAACUGGCCUUUCUGCAGCCAGUGACAUUAAUCUGGCUUACUUAGGUCUUGAUUUCAAAUGGAUGUAGAUAAUCACAUGCAGUAUGUGGGUGACGGGGACCAGGAGCGCCGUGUAUCGAUGUUGAAAGGUAGCUGACACUGAGCUCAAGCAUCAGUGUAUUUUUUUUUUCUCCUUUCCUCACUGAGAUUGUCACAAACUGUUGCUCUCUAAAGGACAUUCAUGUACAGCAUUUUAAAAUGUUUUCAGUCACCAAGUACAUUUACAAUAUUUAUGUGUAGGUAUUUAUACAAGGUACUAAGUUAAAAUAGUUUUUUUUGUAACUGUGAUGACUAUAGUUGUGGCACUGAUGUCAUUUAACCUGCAGAGGUGUCGUAUUCAUUUUGGUUUUUGUCCUGUCACCAUGUCAGUGGAUUUGCCCAGGUGCACGGCAACUACAGUAGAUGCUUGUUUGUAGAUCCUUGACUGGUUGCAUCAGAAAUUCUCUAGAUUUUUUUCAAUAAAAAUGUCUUUUACACUCCCUUCAAAGAAGCCAUACCAAAAAAUGAAAAUAAAGACUUUGUA